CGCAACUUGUUCUGAAUUGGUUGUACUUUAUUGUUUUUAUCGGAAAAAGUCACGAAAAUCUACUGUUCCGAUCAACGGAUCACACGCACCAUAUUUCCCGGCAGAUCCCCGGAGAAGCCGCACGUCACCGACUGUCGGGAACCAGCCGCAUUAGCACUGUACAGGAGACCGAGGCCAACAAAGCUAUGCCUGUUCGGUGCGCUUGAGUGUGGCACAAAACAGCAGCAAAUCCCCGUUGUUCUCGAUUCCGGAACAAGCGACGAAGCUGUGUGCUGGGGGUAGUUGUUUUGUCGCGGUGUACAUUCUUCGUCAACACGGCCUCAAUCCCUGCGGGAGCUUUGAUUGUCAUUCCGUUUUCAGUUGUCUGGUACGGGAGGACCCCUUAUUUUCAUCCCGAAGCGUCUGAUCGAACCUUACCCGGGCUGUGGAUUUGCUCGUUAGCGUUAGUUGUGUGCCUUCUUUGGUUUUUUUUCUUUUCCCCCUUUUCUUUUCUUCAAAAUUGUCGGAAAGCUGGAUUAUUCAAUAGUCUUCGAAGCGAUGGCUGACCGACUAACUCAGCUACAGGACACGGUGAAUCAACAAGCGGAACACUUCUGUAACAGUAUCGGUAUCCUACAGCAGUGCUCGAUUCCGAGCAAGUUUGCCGGUUUUGAGCGUACCGGAUCCCAAACGCCUCAACAACAAGUGCAGCAGCAACAGGAAGACUACCCGCAGCUAUUCUCCACCCUGAUCUCCCGAUGCGCGAAAGACAUCGACACCCUUAUCGAAUCUCUGCCCAGCGAGGAAAGUUCGAUCGAGCUGCAGGUCCAAUCACUUCAGCGACUCGAAGCCGAAAACAAAGAAUCGGCCGAAAAGCUGGAAGAAAUCGUACGGAAGGGCGAGUUGUUGCUGGAGAAAAUUCAAGCCGCGCUCAGUGAUAUAGCCCAGUCCCAACUGGACAUGCAGUAUUCGUCAUGAAAUAGCCUUGGCAGCGCGUACUGGCAGCGGUACUAUAGGUUGGUGAUAGUUAAUGAUGCAAGGAUGAUUACAAUUUCCCAGCCGAGGUGGCAAAGGAUUUCAUCUUUGCGAUGUGUGAUGCGGUUCAAUCAAAAUGCCCCGUGCGAUGUGUAACACUCUCAAUCAAUCAGCCGUAACCAAACGAUUGGGAAAACGAUAUUUGAACACCUUUUAUGUGUGUCUUUUUAAACCCCCAUAUACCCCCUGUAGCGUAUUAAGUAA